UUUGCAGGAAAAUGCCAUCCUGUCUAUAAUAAACUUCGAGACAUCUAAAGGAGAAGUCUCAAAAGGUGAGUCUGGCGACAGAUAGAGGGAGAAAAGAGUCUGGAUUUGGCCUGAGAGGUCUGGACCCAAGCCUUGUGAUGAUGGGUGAGGAAGGCCCUCCUAGUUUGGAGUACAUCCAGGCCAAGGAUUUGUUCCCUCCCAAAGAGCUCCUUAAGGAAGAAGAGUCUCUACAGGUCCCGUUUGCUGUGCUGCAGGGGGAGAGUGUGGAGUAUUUGGGCCGUGCGAAUGAUGCCGUGAUCGCCAUCUCCAACUACCGGCUUCAUAUCAAGUGUAAAGACUCCGUGAUCAGUGUGCCUUUGAGGAUGAUGGAAAGCGUGGAGAGUCGGGACAUGUUCCAGCUUCACAUCGUCUGCAAGGACUCCAAAGUGGUCAGGUGCCAUUUCUCCACCUUUAAGCAGUGCCAGGAGUGGCUGAAGAGGCUGAGCCGUGCCAUUGCCCGCCCUGCGAAGCCUGAAGAUCUGUUUGCAUUCGCCUACCAUGCUUGGUGCUUGGGAGUCUGCGCCGACGAGGGUGAUCAGCAUGCCCAUCUGUGCCACCCAGGAGACCAUGUGAAGUUCCGGUUUGAGAUGGAGCUUGUGAGGAUGGACUUCGACUUGCAGAAUGUCUGGAGAGUUUCUGACAUCAACAGCAAUUACAAGCUCUGUACCAGUUACCCUCAGAAGCUGCUAGUUCCUGUCUGGAUCACUGACAAGGAGCUGGAGAAUGUGGCUUCCUUCAGGUCUUGGAAAAGGAUCCCUGUAGUUGUGUACAGACACCAGCCCAACGGCGCAGCAAUCGCACGCUGCAGCCAGCCGGAAAUCAGCUGGUGGGGCUGGCGCAAUGCUGACGAUGAGUAUCUUGUGACCUCCAUUGCCAAGGCCUGUGCCUUGAACCCUGGAACAAGGACAGCCAGUACAAUUCCCCACAGCGGCGCCAGCGAAGGAGCGGAGCCCUGCGACACAGACUUUGAUUCCUCGCUGACGGCAUGUUCAGGCGUGGAGAACGCAGCCGCCCCACAGAAGCUGCUGAUCCUAGAUGCCAGAUCCUACACCGCGGCUGUUGCCAACAGGGCAAAGGGAGGGGGCUGUGAAUGUGAAGAGUAUUAUCCAAACUGUGAGGUAGUGUUCAUGGGCAUGGCCAAUAUCCACUCCAUCAGGAACAGCUUCCAGUACCUGCGUGCUGUCUGCAGCCAGAUGCCAGAUCCCAGCAACUGGCUUUCAGCCUUGGAGAGUACCAAGUGGCUGCAGCAUCUCUCCAUCAUGUUGAAGGCAGCAGUUCUGGUCUCAAAUGCCGUCGACCGAGAGGGGCGCCCGGUGCUGGUGCACUGCUCAGAUGGCUGGGACAGAACCCCGCAGAUUAUAGCACUGGCAAAGAUACUUUUGGACCCCUACUAUAGGACCAUGGAGGGUUUUCAGGUGCUGAUUGAAUCAGACUGGCUCGAUUUUGGUCACAAAUUUGGUGAUCGCUGUGGGCACCACGAGAAUGUGGAAGAUCAGAACGAGCAGUGUCCAGUGUUUCUUCAGUGGCUAGACUCCGUUCAUCAGCUGCUCAAGCAGUUCCCCUGCCUGUUUGAAUUUAAUGAAGCUUUCCUGGUGAAACUGGUGCAGCACACAUAUUCCUGCCUGUAUGGGACUUUCCUGGGCAACAGCCCCUGUGAGCGAGAGAUGCACAACAUUUACAAACGCACCUGCUCUGUGUGGUCGCUCCUGAGAGCUGGCAACAAGAACUUUCACAACCUCCUCUACAUGCCUGGCACCGAGCAGGUGCUGCAUCCAGUGUGCCACGUGCGAGCACUACAUCUUUGGACAGCAGUGUACCUUCCAGCAUCAUACCCCUGUCCUCUUGGGGAGGAGGGCAUGGACCGUUAUCUGCCCCCGGGAUCCCAAAGCCAGGAGUUCAGUGGCAGAUCUCUGGACAGGUUACCAAAGACAAGGUCUAUGGACGACCUGCUUUCUGCCGGUGACUCCAGCAGCCCGCUGACCCGUACUUCUAGUGAUCCAAACCUGAACAACCACUGCCAGGAGGUCAGGGUGGGCUUGGAGCCCAGACAUGGCAGCACAGAGGACACUGGGCUGCACCUUGAGGAAAGCAGUGUGAUGGCCAUGGGAGAAACACAGCAGGUGCCAGUGGAGCAGGGGAAAACUCUGCCCCUGAAAACCACGGCAAACGCCAACAGCCGCACUGAUCAGCAAGCGCACUGCAAGCUACCCAGGGGCUGGGCGCCUCCGCCAGCAAGCAACAUCUUUCUCGAGACAGAAGUGGAGCGCAGGGUGAAUCUGGAGGCUGUGGAUGGCAUCAGUCCAUCUUCAAACCAUCCUGGACAGGAGAACUUAUGCAGGACUUGUGUCAGAACUGGGGAGCAGCUUGAUUCCUGUCCCUAUAACCCUUCCAAAGCAACUGGCUUGGAAUCCAAUGGAAGCUGGAAUGUUGUGAACCACCCUAAAGACACCCUAAAUCCUGCAGUGGGCAUUCCCAGCCAGGACGCCCAAGCAGCAAGUGUCUCUUCUCAGAACAGCCCAGGCCCCACGCCAGGCAUGCUGCAUCACCACAGAGACACUGGCAGCGGUGGGCACUGUGAGGAAAUGGGCCAGGUGGGGACGGUGCCGCUGGAGCAAUGGCAAAGGCCCAUUUCCCAGAGCCAGACCAGUGAGUUCUCUCUCCUGGCUUCCAACUGGGACAGUUUCCAGGGGAUGGUGAUGUCACUCCCCAAUGGGGAGACAGUAACCAAGCGGCUGCUUUCCUACGGUUGCUGUAACAAGAGGGUGAACAGCAAGCAGCUGCGGGUGCCAGGGCUCUGUCUAAGUAGCCAGUGGUCUCCAAGAGAAGGUGUGAAACCACCAGUCUGCUCCGGCCAUCCUAGCGCACAUUGUGCAGGUCCUGCAGGGAAGCCAAGCCGGCUGUGGUUACCCUGCCAUGUGAAGCAGGUGUCUGGCUCCAAGCAUGUGCCACAGAGCAGCCCUUCCCCUGUGCCUCCCCUCUAUUUGGAUGACGACGGGCUCCCCUUCCCCACAGAUGUGAUUCAGCACAGGCUGCGGCAGAUCGAAGCCAGCUACAAGCAGGAAGUGGAGCAGCUGCGUAGGCAGGUGCGAGAGCUCCAGUUAAGGCUGGAUAUACGUUACUGCUGUGCCCCCCUGGCGGAGCCCCAGAUGGACUAUGAAGAUGACUUUACCUGUCUAAAGGAAUCGGACAGCAGUGACACUGAGGACUUCUUCUCUGAUCACAGUGAGGACUGUCUGUCUGAAGCAAGCUGGGAGCCUGUUGAUAAGAAAGAGACUGAGGUCACACGCUGGGUUCCAGACCAUAUGGCAUCACACUGCUUUAACUGUGAUUGUGAAUUCUGGCUAGCCAAACGAAGGCACCACUGCAGGAAUUGUGGGAACGUGUUCUGUGCUGGCUGCUGUCAUCUGAAGCUGCCCAUUCCUGAUCAGCAGCUCUACGAUCCAGUCCUUGUCUGCAACUCAUGUUACGAUCACAUCCAGGUGUCGCGUGCUAGAGAGCUCAUGAGCCAGCACCUGAAGAAACCUAUCGCCACAGCUUCCAGUUGAAUGCCAGACAGGGACGCUGGCCAUGCCAAGCCUUUCUGCUCACAGAUUUGAGGGACGGCUCUGCCUCCCCUGUAAUGGUGAAGGUCUUUGGUGCAACAUUUGAACACCAAAGUCAGAUGCACUGUUCUCAGCAACCCUCCUUGAUCCCAUAUCUGUCUGAAGCAGAGGAAUUCAGAUGAAACAGUACAGGGGGCCUAUCUUGGUACCAGCGCACUCCUAUGCUGGUCUGAAGACUUAGGGCUAAAUAGGAGACCACAACCUCUUCCUCCUGUGGGUUGGAAAGUGAUACUUCACAGAUACUGCCUGUAUAAGUACCCCCAAAGCAAUAGGUGUGUUUAGACUCAGACUCUUCUUUCCACCGUACAAAAGGCAGUUUGUAGAAGAAUGAAAAGGGUGGGUUCUGAACGGUACCUCUGUUCUGUGUCCCUUCAGAAUAUCUCCACGUACAGGUUCUGUUGCUUCUCUUUCCAUGGAGUUUGAUUCAGACUGGCUUUGUGGGUGAGGGGUCGGACCUCUAGCAAUCACUGGGUUAACCUCUCGGGUAUGGAAAAGGAAUUCCUUCUCUGUGAAGACAAGGUGGGGCUUCCCUGUGAGGCCAAGCAGAUCUCUGCCAUUGUCCAGGUCCUGCAGAGAGUGGUGAAUGCACUAGACUGUGCCCCUGCAGUACGGUGUGGAGAGACCCAUUUGUUCUCUUCUUGCUCUGCCUGUCUACUUUGAGUCUCUUGCA